AAGUUGAUGAAAUGAAAUAGAACAAGAAGAAAAGCUCUGAAUUUCCUCAGAAGCAAUUUCAAUGUGAACAUGUUGAUGUAACUCGACAUUUUUUCUUCUCGUUUUUUUUCUCGCAAAUUAACUUUUCUUUUGGUUUACAAAAAGAAAGUUGAUUAUUGAAAUUACAUCAAUUAUAAAUGAUUAGGCAAAUGAAACUUUAUUUUUGUGAUUAACUUUUAACAAUUAGUUGACUAGAAGAAUAACAUUUAAAAUGAAUUUAAAUGAAUUUAUCCAACAAAAUGAGUAGAAUGUUUUUCAAUUAAAAGUCGCCUAAAGCACCUUUCGCUGUCUCCCAUUAGAUAAUCAUUAAUACUUGAAGUGCAACACUAGUAAUAAUUGAUAAUAAUGUUAUCUCAUUCCCAGUUAAUCGAAUGGAUGAUUACGAGACUGCCGGAGUCACGGCCGGUUCACUUCGGAUUAACGGAGCAAUUCGCGGUUUCCGUCAGUUACGUAAGCCAAUUACUUCGUCAACCCUUUCCAUUCCAUCCACUAUGAAACACUUUGCCCAUCACCAGCAACCUCGUCAACCAUCACGAGCCAGUAUAAUCGAUGGACUUGACCCAUCAACCGGUUUACCUUCCAGCUUCGGUGUCAGUGUCAGUGUCAAUGGUGCAGCACCUGGUGCUGGUACAAGCAUCUCAUGUGGUGGAGGUCCGAUUGGCUUCCAUCGACCCAAUGUUGGCUACCGUUUGGGCAGGCGAAAGGCUCUCUUUGAGAAGCGAAAACGGAUAAGUGAUUAUGCUCUUGUUAUGGCGAUUUUCGGUAUAAUUAUCAUGGUUAUUGAAAAUGAACUUUCCUCUGCCUCUGUUUACUCCAAGGCUUCCAUUUUUUCAACGGCCUUAAAGACUCUCAUCACCGUUUCAACCUUAAUGCUUUUGGGAUUCAUUGUCACCUAUCAUGCGCUAGAAGUGCAGUUGUUCAUGAUAGACAAUUGUGCUGAUGAUUGGCGAAUCGCAAUGACUUGGCAACGAUUAGCUAGCAUAAUGGUUGAACUGCUUAUAUGCGCUGUUCACCCGAUUCCAGGGGAAUACUUCUUUGCCUGGCGAACUAAACUUUCCAAUCAAAAUCGUCAAUCGCUCACAGUUCAAGUUCCUUUGGACGUUAUACUAUCUCUUCCCAUGUUUCUCCGUCUUUACCUAAUCUGUCGAGUUAUGCUGCUUCACAGUAAACUGUUUACCGAUGCAUCUUCAAGGUCCAUCUGUGCACUUCAAAGAAUCAACUUCAACACUCGAUUUGUCCUCAAAACUCUAAUGACCAUUUGUCCAGGAACUGUUCUCAUGGUGUUCAUGGUUUCCCUUUGGAUCAUUGGUAGUUGGACCAUGCGACUCUGUGAAAGGAACCAUGAUAAAGAACAUGCCAAUCUAUUGAAUACCAUGUGGUUAACAGCUAUUACAUUUUUAUCUGUUGGUUAUGGUGAUAUCGUUCCUAAUACAUAUUGUGGUAGAGGAAUUGCUGUAACAACUGGUUUAAUGGGAGCUGGUUGUACAGCUCUGGUUGUUGCUGUGAUUGCUAGGAAACUUGAACUGACUCGAGCAGAGAAAUAUGUCCAUCAUUUUAUGAUGGAUACCCAAUUGACCAAGAGGUUGAAAAAUUCAGCUGCCAAUGUAUUGAGAGAAACCUGGUUAAUUUAUAAGCAUACAAAGCUGGUUAAAAAAGUAAAUCCUUCCAAGAUCCGGGCGCAUCAACGUAAAUUUCUCCUCGCAAUUUACAGCUUAAGAAAGUGUAAGAUGGACCAGAGAAAGUUAAAGGACAAUGAUAAGACAAUAACUGAUAUGGUUACGACUCAAUCUUCAGUCCUUGAGAUAGUUUCUGACAUGAAUAAACGCCAAGAAGUUUUGGAGGAGAGAGUAAUUAUUCUUGAAGAGCGCAUUGGAAAUUUGCAAGAACAAUUGGAAUCGCUUCCAGCGGCCUUAAGUCGAGUUAUCGAGCAAACACUAAUCCCUUUAAUUCAACAAACGUUACUUUGUCCACCACAUCAAGGCCUUAAUAGUUAUCAAAAUGAGUCGCCAGCAGUAAAUCAAGAGGUAUCAGAAACAGUGGGCAGAUGCAGUGCCGUCGGCACUGGUGGGACAAGUGGAAUCGGUGUGGCUCAAUCAAGGCACAAUUACCUUCAUCCAAAUGAUGCUGCUUCUCGUGCUCGAUCUUCAUGGUCUUCAGGAAGCUUGACCUCCGGUGGAACCAGUAAUCGUUCAUUAUUGGCUCCAAUAGCACCAAAAGCUGGUUCAUUUGAUACAUAAAAGCCAUAAAAGUGACAAAACUAAUUGGAGCUAAAAUGAACGGGUUCAUUCAUAUAACCAGUCUAACCGCGUCAACCUUGUUAUUGAAGAGACAAAGUGUUGAUUUUAAAAACGAUCUGCUUCAAUCCAAUUACACCGCCAUCAACGCCAUUACUGUCAACAUUUUCCUCUCUCAUUAUCAUCUAAUUAACUAACAUGUAAUAAGCCGUAAUUCAAAUUCACACACAAAGACAAAGGCCUUAAGCCAAAGUAAAUUGUAAAUUAAAAUUAGCAACAGCAAACGGAAAGGCAAUUCACCGUUAACCUUAAUGCUUACAAUCAAUGUGACUAAACAGUCUUGAUCAAAACUAUAACUUUGUAGAUCCGUUAAGUCAGCAAAAGUAAAGUCCAAUUCACCCGAUUAGGUAUUGAGACAAAAUCACAGUUAAUUUGUACGAUAGUAAUCACCGUCCUGUGGAUAUCGUAAUUUAAAAUGAUUACUAUUUUUCAAAUUUGGUUAGAAACAGAAGAAACAAAUUAAAUCAAUUAUUGCUUUACUGUAAUCAUUAUCUUUGCCUUUCCAUUUUUCUUGAGACUGUGAUUUCAAUGCAAUUUCCAUUGCAAUGGCUUAGGAAUUACUUUACAUUUGACAAAACCAUUGAGUCAAGAAAAAUCAAUUUCAAUUUAAUUUCCAUGAUAACUCACCAAAUAGAAUCAACUUUAUUUAGUUUAUCAAGCUAAUCAAAGGCCGUUUUCAUGUUUUCCGUUGCCAUUGAUCUCUGUAAAAAUUGACCUUUUUGGACAAAAAUUGCUCAUCAAAAAUGUUAACAAAUUUUCCCUUUUGAUUGGCAAAUUAAAGCAAGUCCAUUGAUUCGUAAUGUGUACAAAUGUAAAUUAACAAUUAUAAUUCAAAAAUUAAAAUAUUAAUCAAUUUUCC